CUGCUUCCUAUGGCAAUGGCAAUGGCAAUGGCCUCCCCGGCCUCCGGUUUCCGCCUUCGCCUUCGCCUUCGCCCUCACCUUCUCCUCCUCGCCAUCUGCCUCGCUUCCCUCAACGUGAUGCUCGUCGCCGGCUGCUACAGCGCCAUCUUCAGCUUUGGGGACUCGCUCGCCGACACCGGUAACCGCCUCCACUCCCACCGGUUCGACCCCGUCGGCCGGUUUCCCUACGGCGAGACCUUCUUCCACCACCCCACCGGCCGAUACUCCGACGGAAGAGUGAUGCUCGACUUCAUCGCACAAGCAAUUGGACUGCCGAUGGUGCAGCCAUACCUCGCCGGCACGCACGACGGUGAGGACUUCAGGUACGGAGCGAACUUCGCCGUCGGCGGAGCCACCGCGCUCGACAACGAAUUCUUCAGAUCGAAGGGGAUGGAGGUGUCGUGGACCAACGACUCGUUGAGCGUUCAGCUGGAGUGGUUCAAGUAUCUGCUGCCGUCGCUCUGUUCCACCAACUGCAGCGAUCUGAUGAGCGAGUCGCUGUUCUCGGUAGGGGAGAUCGGGGGCAACGAUUACAACCACGCCUUCUUCCAAGGAAGAGGCGUGGAUGAGAUCAAGACCUUCGUUCCCGGCGUCGUCUCCGCCAUCGGCUCCGCCAUCGAGGAACUGAUCAUACUCGGGGCGAGAACCAUGAUUGUGCCGGGGAACUUCCCGAUCGGGUGCGUCGCCGUCUACUUGACCAUGUUCCAGAGCGACAGGCGCGAGGAUUACGAGUCGGGAACGGGGUGCAUAGAGUGGUUGAACCAGUUCUCCAUGUACCACAACCGCCACCUCCUUGAUGAACUGAGCCAGCUACGGCGACGGUAUCCGCAGGCGACCAUCAUUUACGCAAAUUACUAUGAAGCCGCCAUGGCCAUCUUCCGCUCUCCCCAGGAAUACGGAUUUGGGAAGUUUCCUCUUGCCGCGUGCUGUGGAGGUGGCGGUCCCUACAACUACAACCACUCCACCAAGUGCGGAAAGGACGCUGGCGUGUGCAGCAGUCCAUCGACCCAAAUCUCCUGGGACGGAAUACACCUGACCGAGGCUGCUUACCGGGUCAUCGCUCGUGGCCUGUUAGGGCCAUACACCAUCCCUUCCCUUUCACGAUCAUGUCCGACCAUAAAGUGGAAUGUUCUCGACUCCGACGACGAGUACUCCGCUCAAUCCUAAUGUCGACUUGUUAUGUGCGGUUUGGACAGGAAACUCCGGCGACCUCAAGUUACUGGGACAUGAAAUUAAUUGUGUUAAAUUUUUA